AGUCACCUCUGAACUACGCCGCUUCGCUCGGCUUUGACAUCCAAGACGUGUCUCCUGCAAAUGCGAUGAGAUGCAAGCUAACACUGGACAUCUCUUCCAAAUUCCAACCCUGCAACGUUUCCGCAUCUUUAGCUACAUCUAGAGGGCUCCGUUUAGCUAAGUGGCGUGUUAGCUAGGCAGAGAAGCCGUGUUUUUUUCUGCGGCGGAGGCUUGAACCGCAGUGGAAAUGGAUUGAUCCACGCCGCUGAACGAGCCAAGAAUGGAUUGAGGUGCGGAAGCUAGCGCUAGCGGCUAGCUAUGGAGGAAGACAGAGAAGCCCGUGACUUUGUAUUGAUCACCCUCUUAGCUGUGAAAUGAGUUGAAAUGAGUUAUUUCUAAUCCAAAACUAUCCUGUCCACGCAUGUAAAUCUUCUAGAAGUGCGCCGGUGCUAAGCUGCGCACACGCCCCGAAUAUGUCAGCUGUCCUGCACAAGCCGCAGAUACCCGGUUGGCUGUCAUUGCAUGGAUUACAUCCUACUCAGAGGCUAGAAUUUACACUCUGCAACCACACAACACGGGUCUGUUACUUAAAAAAUCCAAAUCACACUCAAACAACCAAAUGAAACCCCUCCCCUGUUUUCUGCUGAGGAAUUAUUGUAUGUAUAUGUAACACAUUUGAAGCAUGUCUUCCUGAAUAGAGUCAAUUUAGAGCCAAGUUUAGUCUUUUUCCAUUUUUUUCUUACUGAAAGCACAUUUUUUUGCACUGAAAGAAAAUUAAACCAAGUGAAGGUUGAGGAUACUCCACAUCCCAGUGUAAAUAGCAUUAUUGUGAGUCUGAGUAGUUGGUGGUCCACACUUAGUUGUAUGGGAAACAGGACUGCUGGAGGUCAACAAUGGGAGGUUCUGUGUCAUGCUGCAUCUCUCCCAGAGAGAGUCCCAAGAUCCACAGGAGGGAGGUGGAGCUGGAAGAGUGUCCCAUCACCACCACCGAGGACGUGAGCGAAGACACAGGGACCUACCUGCAGCACAUCAGCGACAGGGAGCUCCCCGAUGAGCUAGCCCAGGAGGCAAACCCCUCAGACCACCCCAGAGCCAGCACCCUGUUCCUCAACAAGUCCCAAACAGAUGUGCGUGAAAAGAGAAAAAGCAACUACUUGAAUCAUAUGUCCCCAGGGCUUCUGACAAAAAAAUACAGCUCCUGCUCGACAAUAUUCAUUGAUGACAGCACAGUCAGCCAGCCCAACCUCAAGAGCACGAUCAAGUGCGUCGCAUUGGCCAUAUAUUAUCACAUUAAAAACAGAGACUCAAAUCGCUCGCUGGAUAUAUUUGAUGAGAAGAAACACCCCCUAUCACGUGAGAAGGUUCCUGAUGACUACUCAGUGGUGGAUCCAGAACACAAGCUGAUCUACCGCUUCAUACGAACACUGUUCAGCUCGGCACAGCUCACAGCUGAAUGCGCCAUUGUCACUCUGGUGUACCUGGAAAGGCUGCUGACGUAUGCUGAGAUGGACAUCUGUCCCUGUAACUGGAAGCGGAUUGUUCUCGGGGCCAUCCUGCUGGCCUCCAAGGUCUGGGAUGACCAGGCUGUGUGGAAUGUCGACUACUGCCAGAUCCUCAAAGACAUCACCGUGGAGGACAUGAAUGAGAUGGAACGUCACUUCCUGGAGCUGCUCCAGUUCAACAUCAAUGUCCCAGCCAGCGUCUACGCAAAGUACUACUUUGACCUGCGCUCGCUGGCGGACGACAAUAACCUCAGCUUCCCCUUGGAGCCGCUGAGCAACAAGCGCGCCCAAAAACUAGAGGCCAUCUCCAGGCUCUGUGAGGACAAGUACAAGGACCUGAGCAAAUCAGCCAUGAGGAGGUCCGUCAGCGCAGACAACCUGGUCGGGGUCAAGAACGCCCAGGCCGUACUGUCUUAACUCUGGGACAACGGAGGGGGGGAGCUGGACAAGAGAUUUUUUUUUUCCAAAAUAGAUUAUGUUAAUAUCAGUGAAAAAAAGAGAAAAAAGUGCUGUUACAUACUGUUAAAUGUUGACUUUGGGAAAUAUCAAGGAACAAGAAAUUUAACAUACAUCUUUAAAAAAUAAUAAUGAAUCCAUUCUCCAUGUUCAUUAUUAAUGGACUUCGAUCUGCCUUUUAAGCAUGUUAAGACAUAUUUUGUCUUUUUUUAAUUUCUAAUGGUGGAUGUCUUUGAAAGGUUACAACUCAGCAUGAAAAUGCUUCCUGAAGCCACACAAGUUGUCUCGGGGGUCCAUAUCUGUGGCGCCGGCCUUCGUUCCUUCUCACCCUCCUUCAUUCAGAAGAUGACAAACUGUCUCGAACUACCCUGUGGUGUAGUUCUGCACACGGACAAAGAGUAGACUUUGUUUUGCUUACUAUGUAGGCCUCUAUAGCUGUGAAAUGUAUAAGACUUUAUUUAAUUUCAAAUAAAUUUCAGUCGCUGUUUGAAAGUGGAGACUGCGUAGGUGGGAAAA